UCCAUCCUGAAAAAGUGACCUAUUCUAUAAAUCUGGAAGGAAAAGAAGUCUAUGUUCAUCUUGAAAAGAAUGGGGGUCUUCUGGUUGAACAUUAUUCUGAAACCCAUUACUUGGAAAAUGGAACUGAAGUGGUAGCCACACCGCAAUCUCUGAAUCAUUGUAAUUAUCAUGGUGUUAUUGAAGGCAUCAGUGAUUCCUCUGUCAGUAUCAGCACCUGUACUGGACUCAGGGGUGCGCUUAUGGCUGGGAGUAACAUCUACCUCAUUGAACCGUUGGAAAGAACUCAAACUGGGCAACAUGCUUUGUACAGACAGGAGCAUCUAAGAGUGAAACGGGGAUCAUGCAGCACACGCAACUUGACACUUUAUGACCAUGGACCUAAAAUGGCAGCACUUUACCAACCUCUUGGCAGGAGACCUGCAAAGGCUUCACAAAGCACUCGAUAUGUGGAACUUUACUUAGUUGUUGACAACGCGGAGUAUAAAAAAUUUGGACACCUCCUAACAAUACGACAGCGUAUGAUGGAAGUAGUGAAUCAUGUAGACAAGUUGUACAGAUCAUUGAAUAUCCGUGUAGCACUGGUCGGAUUGGAAGUGUGGAUGUAUUCAGACAAAAUUGCUGUCAGCUCCAAUCCUGAUAUCACUCUGGAUAACUUUCUUAAAUGGCGUCAAAAGGAGCUCCUGUUCAAGAAGAGGCAUGAUAACGCACAGUUUGUCACUGGAAUAGGUUUUGAAGGAACAACUGUCGGAUUGGCAACAAAAUCUGCCAUGUGCUCCUAUCAGUCUGGUGGUGUGAAUGAGGACCACAAUUCAAACCCAUUAGGAUUGGCGUCCACAAUUGCACAUGAGAUGGGUCACAAUUUGGGCAUGUCUCACGAUGAAGACCACAAAACAUAUUGUAGCUGCUCUGGAUCAAGUAAAAGCAAUCGUGGCUGUAUCAUGGCAGAGAAAACAGGGUAUGUGUUUCCUGAAAGCUUCAGCAGUUGUAGCCAUCAGGAGUUGAAGCAGUUCUUGGCAUCGGGGAUGACAGACUGUCUUUUGAACAGUCCCAGAGCAGACGAACUUUAUGGAAAUCCAACAUGCGGGAACCAGUUCCUUGAGCGUGGAGAGGAAUGUGAUUGUGGCACUAUUGAGGAAUGUACCAAUCCUUGUUGUAAUGCUACAACCUGCAAAUUCAAGGAGGGAGCGGAGUGUGCUGCUGGAGCUUGCUGCCAGAAUUGCAAGAUUAAGACAGCAGGACAAAUAUGUAGGUCUGCACAGCAUGACUGUGAUUUACCUGACUACUGCAAUGGUGAGAGUGCAGAGUGUCCAGAAGAUGCCUUCAAAAUGAAUGGUUCUCCCUGCAGCAAUGGGGAAGGUUACUGCUACAAUGGACAAUGCCCUACUCAUCAACAGCAUUGUGUUACUCUAUGGGGAACAGGUGCUAUGGUGGCACACGAUGACUGCUUUCAACAGAACAUGAGAGGAGAUAAAUAUGGUCAUUGCAAAGCAGCUGGAAGUGGUUAUGACGCUUGCCGGAGCAAGGAUGUUAAAUGUGGUAAAAUGCAUUGCAUUGGAGGAAACAAAUUUCCAAUCACUCAAGCAAUGUAUGAAGUGGAACUAUCCUGGAACAAAUUAUGCAGAAUUGCAACAUUAAAUGAAAGGAGUGAUUCAACGAAUGACCCUGGGCUGGUUCCUUCAGGAACAAAAUGUGGAGAUGGGAUGGUUUGCUACCGUGGUUUUUGCCAGAGCGUUGUACUUUAUGGAUCAAGAAACUGUUCAGGAAAAUGUAAUAAUCAUGGGGUUUGUAAUCACAAGAGAGAAUGUCACUGUGAUUCAGGUUGGGCACCACCGUAUUGUCUUACACGAAAUGGUAGCUUAUCCACAGGAAAUGCUGCCACAAUCAUUAUUCUCUCAGUGGUCCUUCCCUUCAUCAUUUUACUUUUCCUAAUAAGCGGUGCACUUCUGUAUUAUAAAAAAUGCUUGAUGAAGAACCAUACAAGCAAAAUCUCAUGCGGUUUGUCAAAUCCAACAUUUGAACGAAAAGACCGAGCCAAAUCAAAAGCAAUGUAUUCUAGCAACACAAGUCCGCAUGUAAAACAUUCAUUACUUGUUGCCUCAAGCAAUGAUCAGCGACCGCAGAUUACAGUGAUACCCAAACGUCCACCACCUCAGCCCCCAAAACCAGCUCCUCUUAAGAGUUUUUCUACAACUGUUACAGCAAAACCUGUGCAGCAAAAAGUUGAAAAACCGCGUGCACCACCUCCAGUCCCACCUUGCAAACAAUAUCCACCUACACGUGUACCGGUGGUAAAACCUACUAUUCAGCCUCCCCUACCACCUGUUAAACCAUGCUUUCCGGCUGCAUCCUCCAAAUACACACUGGUUGGUUACAAGCCAAAAGUGGCUUUAAAGCCACCAAAUCAGCCCAGAUGAAGACGAAAUAUGCAACAACAUCAUUGUCUUACAGACGCACAGCUGUAGAGCUGGUAGACUCGCUGUCUUUUUCUGUCAUUUCAGGAAGAGGAUAAAAGCAUUAUCUUUGGUUCCUUGUCUACAAGUUUGUACAGUUUUUUGGAAAAAAAAAAUUGAACAGUACAAGACAGUGACAGAUUCAAAAAGGAAAAAAACUGAACAUCUCUAAUAAUGGUGCUUUCAUGGUACUGUUGCCUUGGUACUAUUAAGGAUUUAUUUUUCUUGAUAUUAUAAUUAUGUAAAUUAAAAUAACUCUCCUGCAAACAGUAAUGAGAUACAAUUUGUGAAGUGAUCCUUCUAUAUAGAAAGAAGCUAUUUUGAAGAAAGAAAAUCCAGUAAAAUAUUACAUUUGUCUGCUUGAUUUGGUCUUGCACAAAGACUAUACAUGGAUGUGAAUCAGAAGGAUCAUUUUCUAGCCCCCUUUCCAGUAUUUGUGAAGGAACAACUGUGCACUUAGUCGUCCAGUUAAAGUCAUUAGUCUGACUUGAUCAAAAUAAGGAUUUUUAUUAAAGUCUCUGAUUCAAUUUUUGGAGGUUUGCUUAAAUUAGAUGGUUCAUAUGGAGAACAAUAUCUAUUAUACACUUAAUUGGACAAGUGGCCUGCUUCUGUACUGUAUCUUAUUAGGGUUUGAUGAAAUUGGUCUCUAACAUAAAAGCUAAAUGGACAGAACCAACAGGAAACUCUGGUGAGAGGUCACUCACUUUAAACGUUAACUUUGUUACACUCUACCCAAAGGCUGCCAAAUCUGAUAUUUCCAGCACUUUGUCUUCAUUACAAAUCUCUGUUCUGUCCAGCAAUAAAUUGUUUCAUUUAGAACAAUUGGAAAUCAGCCUAGGAUGAGAUUCAUGUUGGAACUCUUUUUGUCUGCAUGUCAGUGUGACCUUGCUUUAAAUAGCCCAUGAUUUGAACAACCCUCUCGAUGCUGGUUGAUUUAUCUUUAGCUAUGUAUGGUCCUACCAUUUUUUCCUCUCAAUAAUAUUGAACCAUUUCAUUUAUGCAAGUUUACAACUUUUAAGGACAAAGUACAUAUUUUAUUUAUAAAAAACGAGUUAGAAUACAUUGCACAGUCCCCUUGGGUAUCUUUGCAGGGAUUUAAUUACUGAAAUUGGAAAUAUAGCUGUAAGCCUACAGGUGACUCAAUUAGCCAAUCUUAAAUAAGCAAAUCCCAAUCAGUUUAGAUUUGGGCAGAAAUAAACAAAAACAGAAAAUGCUGGAGAAUUUUAGCAUAUCUGGCAGCAUCUGUGGAGAGAAGACAGUUAAAGUUUCAAGUACUUUCUUCAGCACUGAAUUUUGAAGGGUCACUUGGCUCAACAUUAACUCUGUCUUCUCUCCAUAGAUGUUACCAGACCAGCUGAGCAAUUUCUGUAUAUGUUGUUUCAGAUCUCCAGCAUCCACAAUUCUUUGUUUUAGAUUUAGUUAGAUUUUAGAACUCAUUAUUACAAUGUACAUUAUUUCCCCUCAAAUUUGUGCCUUAACACAGAUUGCUAGAAUCAUGACACAUGCUUGAAGAAUAUUUAAAUAAAUUUUAAUAGAGACAAAAGUAUUUACAAUUGUACUUAUCCUCUAUCAAUGCUUUUGUCCGUUUUUAAUGCAAGGAACACUUUUUUUUUUAAUUCUGAUUUUGUUUGUGUACACUUAUUUUGGGAAAGUGCGAGAUAAAUACUCGAAACAUAAAAUAGUGUCUGUUAAAGUUUUGAUUUAGAGGUUGGCAUUCCUGAUUAACAGAUUUCAAAAACAACUUCAAAGCCAAAAAAAGACAAUUCAGAGGGAAAAUAAAUUUUCGAAUGUGGUGCAAAUAUCAUUAACUGUGUAGUUUCACCUGAAUGACCGACUAUUUUUAAAAAUGUAACAAAUAUGAAGCUUAGCAGGAGAAAAAUAGUGCAAAUUUCUGAAUUGAACUAGUAUUUUAGCUAGCUAAUGACAUCCAUGGAAAACUUUUAUAAUAGGAAUAAUUUUUUAACGCAUUUCCAUGGUAUUUGUACUGGCAGGAAUGCUUUUGAGCAUAUCAAAGAUAGUAGUGGAGAUGAGAGACCUCUCAUUUCCAUUAAAUAAACAUGAUUUCCAUAAACUUGAUUCAGAAUUGCUAUAGGUGCAUUUUCUUCUCUUAAAAAAAAAUGAAUAUCCUCAGAUUAACAGGUCUUGACUACGUAUUUGUGGAACCUUUAUUUUGCACUGAUCUUGUUCUUCUACGUUAUCAUUUUAAUCAGAGCCGAAAAACAGUUUUGAUUUUAUGUUGUCAAAGAUUAUUCAAAUUUUUUCCUAACUUUUUUAAAUCCAAAAUUGGUGAAUUGUGAUAUCAAUUGUUAUCUAGCUUUACCAUUUGAUUUUUCAAUUCCAUUUUGUCAAAUCCCACAGAGAUGUUCAUAAUUAAAUUAUUUGCACUUUUCA